CUCUCAAACCUACCCAGCCAGUCACCGCGCUACAUUCCUCAAACCCCCCAAAAAAAAAAUUCCUCAUAGUUUGGUACCCACGCCAAGAACCCAGCUCUAUCUCUGUGCUCCCGAUCAGAUCGAGUGGCACUAGCUUUAAAUCUUGGAGAUAUUUGGUACUAAAAAAAAAAAAAAAAACCAUGUUUUUGUUUGAUUGGUUCUAUGGAGUUUUAGCUUCGCUAGGGUUGUGGCAAAAGGAGGCUAAGAUUUUGUUCUUAGGCCUUGAUAACGCUGGUAAAACCACCUUGCUUCAUAUGCUCAAAGACGAGAGAUUAGUUCAACACCAGCCAACACAGUACCCUACGUCAGAGGAGUUGAGUAUUGGGAAAAUCAAGUUUAAGGCUUUUGAUUUGGGAGGACAUCAAAUAGCUUGUAGAGUGUGGAAAGACUACUAUGCCAAGGUGGAUGCAGUUGUCUACUUAGUGGACGCUUAUGACAAGGAGAGGUUUGCUGAGUCAAAAAAAGAGCUGGAUGCUCUCCUCUCUGAUGAGGCCUUGGCAAAUGUUCCAUUCCUUAUUCUUGGCAACAAGAUUGAUAUACCAUAUGCUGCCUCAGAAGAUGAAUUGCGUUUCCACCUGGGCCUGACCAACUUCACCACUGGCAAGGGUAAGGUAAACCUGGCAGACUCAAAUGUCCGUCCCCUUGAGGUUUUCAUGUGUAGUAUUGUCAGGAAAAUGGGUUAUGGAGAUGGUUUCAAGUGGCUUUCUCAGUACAUUAAGUAAUAGGCUAUAGAAAUAGAAGUGGAGAUUUGGCAUCUUCUUUCUAUAUGCUAUUUUCUACUAAUUAGAGCUGGCGUGUUGUCAGUUCAAAUAUUUCAUAUGUUUUUGUUCUUGUUGUUCAUUUAUGCCAAAAUGACAAAGAUACCUCUCUCUGUGCUAUGAUGAGCCAAAAUAGUUGAUGGUUUGUGGUGUUUGAUGAUUUGUGCUUUUGAUAGAAUGGCAGAGGGACAUUAUCAGAAACAAAUCUAUUCCUUUUUUUUACCUGAUGAAUGGUAUUAGUUCAAAAUUCUAGUCAA